AUGCCUAAGCCCAAGAAGCAACGCAGAGGGCGGCAGCCAAAGCCACAAGUUGUACAGCCGGUGGCUCAGUCCAUCACCAUUCUUCCAACUGUCAACGAUUUCCCGUCAUUGACAGAUGUCGAACGACUCUAUUUUCAGCAUUUCUUGCAGUGGACGACAAAGCAACUUUCAGUUUCCCCGGCUUCCAAAAACUUUUGGCUCCGUUAUGCCCUUCCGAUGGCACAUCAUUCCGAACCCAUCAGGUACAGCAUGAUCGCGGUUGGCGCUUCUCAUCGACUCUUCAUGGCCCGCUCAAUAGGUUUCUCGCAUCCUUGGGAGCUAAAGCGUUUGGCUAUUCACCAGUACAACAAGGCCAUCACGUCAAUCUUACCUACCAUGGCCGUCAAAACAACAUUGAGUAUCCACCGUACUCUGGUCUGCUGUCUACUCUUUGUCUCCUUCGAGGCCCUUGCCGGUCGGUAUGGCGAACUUUUCCGCCAUCUCCGCGCCGGUAAUCAGCUGUUUCACGAUAUUCAUGAUACGCCGGUCCUCUCGUCCACGUCGGAGGAACGUGCGGUGACCGAGAAGCUUAUCGAGAUGUUCUGCCGACUGGGAGUGGAGUCGUCCAACUUCAUGGAUGAACAUAGCCUUUCGGGAGUGUCGCAAUGGUAUCGCAACAAUCCUCCACCCAAGGUAUCAUCCGAUCUUCCGUUCAAGGACCUUGACGAGGCAUCGUAUGAGCUACGGAAGCUUGACCUCCGACAAGAUGACAAGCCUUGGGAUGCCGAGAGGGAGGUUGAACCAGAAGGGAGCUAUGGCAAAGAAGAGGAGCCGUCUAGCCUUGGCGAUGCCCUUCGUCAGUGGAGCUCGCGCUUUGAGGCGUUCACCCAGCUCCAGGGGACACAUCUGUCGACUGAGGCGGGAUCGCAACUUCAGAACCUACGCCUACGCCAGCAGUUUUGGCAGAUGACUAUCGACGCAUUUUCAUCGGAAGAUGCGUUGUCAAAUCCCCAGACAUUUUCCCCUUUCAUGACCAUGGCCGAAAGCGUGGCGGCGCCGUUGACCACCAUGAACCAAUCAACCUUUUCUCUCGACGGUGACCUUAUUUCGGGCCUCUCUUCCGUCAUGUCAAUCACACGCGAUGAUGAUAUCAAGUCACGAGCCCUCAACUUGCUACGCAACCUCAAUCGCCGUGAGGGCAUUUGGGAUAGCCGGGAUGUCGUCAAGAUGCACGAGCUGAUAAUGUCUGUCGGCGAGUCCUACAGCGAGCCUGAAGAAUACGACCUGUGGUGCGUGAGAGAGGCACCAGCUGGGAUACCUGGGUUUAUUGAACAGCUACAGAGGAGAUGA